AACCAAUCAUCGGAACAUAUAAGUUUUGUUUUGACAUUAUCUUUAUUGGAGUUCUUGGGACCUAUAAACCAAACAUUUUGUCCCCAAAAAGAAGAGAAGAGAUCAAAUUUUCAUCUGAAAAAAACACACAGAGAGAGAGAGAGAGAGAGAGGCAUAUGGCAUUUUCAACUAAACUGUGUCUUCCUCUUCAAACACAAUGUUUUGUUCCAAAGACAGUAAGAUCAAAGACUUUGAUGCUUCAACAGAGUCACGUUCAAGUUAAAGUCAAGCAAGUCACAGUUCCUCAACCAAUAAGAUACUCCACCAAGAACACUGUAUAUGAAGAUCCAGUACAAGGGAUCUUAUGUUAUACCGAUGAUAACGGAGAGGUUAUAUGUGAAGGGUAUGAUGAAGGUCCUCGUUGUCCCCCAGAGAGCCCAGUAGUAACUUCUUACUCAAGAGAGGUGGAGAUUCUUGAUCUUCUGCAAAGAAGUUAUCAGGAACUGAGAGUUGCAGAGAAAGGUGAUGGUCAAAGACAGGAAGCUGCUUCACAACAAGAGUUAAAUAUGAUCAAAUGGAGCAGCUUUGACUUCCUCUAAACUCUCUCUCAAAAAUCAAAAUCUGUUCUCUCUUCAAAAAGGCCUCUUGAAUAAGAAUGUAUAGAUAGGCUGUGAAAGAAGCAGCCAUUUGCUUCUUUCUCGUUUCUCUUUUGUAAGAACACACAAACAUGAAUAUAUGUCCAGAUUUUGGUUUCAUU